UUUACAAACCAAAACACCAAAACCCAAACCCACUUGGCCACUUGCCAACCUACUACACUUCAAUUCCUCCCUCCUCCGCCUUCUCAUAUAUUUCUCAAAAAAUUCAGACGAUUAAUAUUAAUUAAUUUCAUUAACAUAUAUAGAAUUAAUCUCCCAAAACCAGGCAGUUGAUAUAUAUAGCAUGCUCCACCACUGGUCGAAUCGAAUUGCCUGUCCGAUCUAAUAAUAAUAAUAUUUGUUUUGGGGUAUUAAUUAAGUACAGUGUAUGUAGAAAUCAGGAAGCUGAUCCAAACAUUCCCGUAUAUAUAUAUGGACCUCCAUGCAAAGACAGUUGAUUCUGGUGAUGUAUACAUAUACACAGGUUUUGGCAAGAUACCUUUAGAACCUCCCACCAUUCCAUUAUCUGGUGACACAAGAUACUUGACGCAACUUUGGGUUUCUGGAAAAGAAGUGCCACAUGAGGAAUUACAUCAGUCUGAUUCAUCCCAAUCCGAAAACACCGGUACAUGUUUCUUAAACAUUCCUUAUUUCUAUUACAACAGUUGUGACAGCAUCUUCUUUACAGGUUUCAGGCCGGGAGCUGAAAGUAUUGUCCCAAGUUAUCAGAAGACUAGGGACAAGAUCAAAUCUGCUCUAAAACAAUUAUCCUUUCGGGAGCAAUGUGUUCUUGUUCAGUUUUGGUCGCCUGAUCCUGCUGGGAAGCACCAAUUCCUUACAACCAGGGAUCAACCUUUUGGUCUUGGGGUAAUUGAUGAUCAAGGACUUUGUUCGUAUAGGAAGUACUCCGAGCACAACCCCUUUUUCAUCGAUAAAGAUCAUCAAGAAUACAACCUCAGUCCCCCUCUUCGAGUAUAUAUGCAAGGAUUGCCAGAGUGGUCUUCUGAUCUAACCAAUUACAGCCCCGAAGAUUUUCCUCUACAAGAUUUUGCUAUUCGCUGCAAUUUCCAUGGGUAUUUGGCUUUACCAGUGUUUGAUUCUACUACAAGGUUUUGUGUUGGUGUCCUUGAACUCUUAAUGUCUUCAAAGUAUACGAGUUAUGAUUAUGAGGUUCAACAAGUUCAUAGCGUGCUCAAGAAUGAAAAUCUGACAAGCCCAGGAACAUUUGGUCCUACUUCAAUGGUUUCAGAUGUAUGCAGGAAAAUUGAGAUGGAUAAAAUAUACCAUGCUUUGAAAAAUGUGUGUAGUAUCCACCGUGUGCCUCUUGCUCAGACAUGGGCUGCGUCACCAUCCGCCAGUUUUGUUUCUCGUGAACAAGCUAUAUGGAAGAGCUGUGAUAGCUUCCACACUAGAUGCUUUGGGAAAGUCUGCCUGUCCACAGCAGAUCUACCAUUUUAUGUACAAGACUUGGGUGUGUGGUCUUUCAGGGAAGCAAGUAUAGAGUGCCACCUGGAAAGCUCCCGAGGAGUUGUUGGGAGGGCGUUCUCCACCAAGGAUUCAUAUUAUUGUGCAGAUGUAACCAAACUCAGUCGAGAAGAGUAUCCUUUAGUCCAAAAUGCAUGCAUCAGUAAGUUAACCGGAUGCUUCACAAUAUUUUUGCAGAAUGUCGAAAGCAAUAAUCGCUAUGUUUUAGAGUUUUUUCUACCGAGGCACGUUGAAGGUAGUAGAUGCAUGUUGAAUGUGGUGCAAACAUUAAAGGAGAAUCUCAAUGCUGGAUUUAAAUUGGGUGACAAGUCACUGAUUCAAGCUGUUGGACCACAAACAGAUCUGUCUGUACACAUAAAACCUGAUAUUAUCCAAACUUCCUCGAACUGGAUGGCUGACAACUUCAUCUUUCGUAUGGAUUCAUCAUGUUCAGAGCCAAGUGUGACAUAUAUUGCUGGAUCUGACUGUGCUAAUGUCGCAUCUUUCACACACACGAGUACGGAAAACUCAUUUGCCGAAUUUACUGAUGUUGUAGAGCAGAAAGACCUUUUGAAAGAUGGAAUGCGUAAGAGAGACUCACGUGUAGUACUACCAGUUACUCGAAAGGUGAAAGUGAAGGUAACUUUUAGGAAGAUUCGGAAGAAGUUCCAGUUUCGUAUUUCAUCUGGACUGUCAAACUUGAAAAACAAAGUGGCAAAAAGGUUCAAGCUAACAGGUAACAUGAUUAAUCUAAAAUACAGGGACAAUGAAAAUGAUCUUAUACUCAUUUAUGAUGAUGCGGAUGUGGUGGCUGCUUUGCGUGCUUCAAGAAGUAAUGACACGAUCAAUUUAACCUGUGUGAAGAUCAAGGUAUGAUAGCUAACUAAUUGGGACAUAUUGGGUAAGUGAACUUUUUGGAAAAUUUCCCAGAACUUGUGUAUUUUUAUGGUUCUUAGGAAUCCUUUUAAGGUUUCCACUUAAAAAGUGGUGCAUAUACAUGCCAAGUGUACGAUUCCUUCCGAAGUGAGGCAUCAUCGCUAGACGUAUCUAGUCAAGACUUGAAAGAUAGGAAGUGUUGUAAAAGUUAUAUGUUUCAUAACCAUUGUGUAAAAUAGCUUUUGGUUCUUUUUGGCCUCUAUAUCAAAGCUCCUGGUCCCAUUUUUAA